AUGUCUGCUGCCGCCAAGAACGCUACCAAGGUCGAAUCCUCCACCCCAAAGUCCAAGAAGGACAACAUCAUGAGAAAGCUCAAGAUUGACAAGUUGGUCCUCAACAUUUGUGUUGGUGAGAGUGGUGAUAGAUUAGUUCGUGCUGCUAAGGUACUCGAAUCCCUUACUGGCCAAACCCCAGUCUACUCCAAGGCUCGUUACACCGUUCGUUCAUUCAACAUUCGUCGUAACGAACAAAUCGCCUGUCACGUCACUGUCCGUGGUGAAAAGGCCGCUGAAAUCCUCGAAAAGGGUUUGAAGGUCAGAGAAUUCGAACUCCGUGCUCGUAACUUUGCCACCACCGGUUCAUUCGGUUUCGGUAUUGAUGAACACAUUGAUUUGGGUAUCAAGUACGACCCAUCCACAGGUAUCUACGGUAUGGAUUUCUACGUCAUCCUCACCCGUCCAGGUUACCGUGUUGCCAAGAAGAAGAGAGGUCAAUCCAAGGUCGGUUACACCCACAAGGUCACCCGUCAAGACGCCAUCGAAUGGUACAAGCAAACCUAUGACGGUAUCAUCAUCGGUCAAAAGAACUAA